UCUCGCCGGAUUUCGUGUCGAAUCAUCUCGAUCUCACGCUCGGAUCGUAUAAUCUUCUCAUUUCAUCAUGAUGAAAAGUUACUGCCUUAUGAAUUUGAUGCUUCGGAAUAUGUCUGUAAACUCACCGCUUGCAUUGAACUACCUCCACAGAGUUUUCUUGAUGGAGAACAGUAACAAUCCACAAACUUAUCCGGGUUUCCGGUACUUUCCUCCUCCGUCGGCAUGGAUCGAUCCGAAUUCUGUACCGUUCGACGACGAUAAAACUCCAACGUGGGUCAUUGUCGGCGCAGUGAUCGUUGUCGUGAUUCUCUGCGGUCUCCUUUUCUACUCCAUCAGGUGGCGAGAGAAGAAAAUCCGGAAAAAAGCGGCCGCGGCAUUUGCUCCGGUCGCAAUGCCAGCUCCUCCAGCUCCACCUCCGAAGAAAGAUGAAGAUAAGCCAAAACCGAAGCCGCCUACACCUACCAAGCUGGUGCCUCCACCUCCGCCGCCAAUGAGCGUCCAGAUGGGGUUACCAGCUUAUUGUCUGAGAUGCGGGCAUAGAGGAGGACGAUAUUCUUCAUCAUAUACUUGCCCUCAGUGCGCGUGGCAGAGUAACCGUAAUGAAGGGUAGCCAGACAACGGAUAAAGACAGAAAUUACAAAAAAAUUUCUCAUCUUGUUGUAUGGCAUAUGAAUUUGGAAGCUUCUUUUUAUGUUUGUGUGUGAAACUUGGAAUGACGCACGGUGACCGGUCGUCUACUUCUACUGUACAACGUUGGAGAUUUGAUGUGAUGAAUAACUUUUGCGUCGGAGGAUUUAUCAAAUUUCUUCUCAUAAUACAUG